GCAAUACGUAUGCAGUGUGUAGUUUACGAUACCGGAAACGGAGCGGACUAAGAAGAGAAGAAGAAGAGGCUUUCUUCCGCUCGCUUGCUAGCUACUGCUGGGAAGUAGCGACAAUAUUUUCAGGAUAUCAUCAUAAUGAGUUAUGCAGAGAAGCCGGAGGAUAUAACAAGGGAAGAGUGGAUGGAUAAACUCAAUAAUGUCCACAUUCAGAGAGCUGAUAUGAACCGGCUCAUUAUGAACUACCUGGUCACAGAGGGCUUCAAGGAGGCUGCUGAGAAAUUCAGGAUGGAGUCUGGAAUAGAGCCUAGUGUGGACUUGGAUUCCCUAGAUGAAAGAAUUAAAAUUCGAGAGAUGAUCUUGAAGGGACAGAUCCAAGAUGCUAUUGCCCUGAUCAACAGUCUGCACCCAGAACUGCUGGAUACCAACCGUUACCUCUACUUCCACCUACAGCAGCAGCAUUUGAUUGAGCUGAUUCGCUUGAGGGAGACCGAAGCUGCCCUUGAAUUUGCCCAGUCUCAGCUAGCAGAGCAGGGCGAGGAGAGCCGUGAAUGUCUGACAGAGAUGGAGAGGACGCUGGCCUUGCUGGCAUUCGACAAUCCUGAGGAAUCACCUUUUGGAGAUCUGCUCAAUAUGAUGCAGAGACAAAAAGUGUGGAGUGAAGUGAAUCAGUGUGUGCUAGACUAUGAAAACAGAGAGUCAACACCCAAGCUGGCCAAGCUCCUGAAACUACUGCUGUGGGCUCAAAAUGAACUUGAUCAAAAGAAAGUGAAGUAUCCCAAAAUGACAGAUCUCAGCAAGGGGACCAUUGAAGAUCCAAAAUAAGGACCCACAGUGAAAACAUACCACAGCAUUACAAAAUGGACACAUUUCCUUUAUCUAUUUAUACCCCAAGAAACUGACUCAUAUAGAGUACAACCUUUUCUUUUUUGUAAGGGUUGCUUUUUGAUACUUUAAUAAUUUAGAAUGUGCAAAAUGUAUUGAUGGCAUUUUAAAAUUACUUCUCACACUAAAGUAACAUGCAGACAAUUAUUUUACUUGCUAUUAUAAUUUACAUAUUUGUUUAUGUGAAAUUAGUACUCUGGUUUUUCUGUCUGUCGGCAGGGAAAGUUCUUGGCAUAGGAGGAUGUGAAUAAAGCCUAAAUUAGGCUGUCACUUUCUGUGUGUGACCACUCAGAAGGGGCUGAGUGUGAUGCUCAGGAAAAUGGUUGGCUCAGUGUGCACUGCCUCAAAUAAACAUGAACAUUUUCCUUACAGAAACAUAUACUCAUUACAGUUAGUAGUCUUUUAGCUAGUACUCUGUGAUGGCGUUAGCCAAUGAAAGAUACUUGGGAUGUUUCAAACUACUGUGACUCUGAAAGUUAAAUUCAGUUUUAGAUUUGUACUGCAUUAUUGCUUGAGACAUUACAAAAAGAAAAAAAAAAACUUUCAUCAUUAUAGCAGUUAACAAGUGAGACAUGGGGUGAGUCCUGGAAAUUCAAUAAGUUUGCAGUGUACUGUGACUGUGCAAGCUUAAAGGCAGCCUUAGUUUCAUACUGUUAAAAAAUGUCACAGAUUAUAGUAACACGUGAAUGGAUGAAUCUGUGUCCACACACAUGGAGACACUUUUACACAAGGAUUAUUUACAUGUAUGGACUAAGUAAAUCUUUUGCAAAAUUUGAUGUGCUUCUUUCGCUGGGAUAUUAUUUUGCAAUAAAAGUGGAUUUUUAAACUGCA